AUUGAUGGAAGUGGACAGACAACUGCGUCUUACAAUGCUUUGCUACUUACAAAUACAUUUACGCAAUUGUAGAAUGGCCUUAAGGUAAAUUGACAUGUGUGUUGACAAGUCGUAAUGUAUAGAAUCUGUACGGACAGCAUAUAGAUAACCGCAAUAUUGCCGCGCUACGUUUCAGUAUGAAUACAUUUCCAGAUAAAUUCAUAUAGCAAUUAAUAAUCGAUACAUGUAUAAUGAUCGUGUGAGAGAAGAACAUCAGAUAUACAAUAUUGCUAUAAUUAAUUUUGAAAUAAAGCUCCUUUAUGCGUAUAUAUAAUAAUAUUGAUUUAUGAAUGGUAUUCAUCAAAGCGAUACAUGGCAAUUAUUCCACGGGAUCGAUUCGUGUCAAACAAACCGCGCGAUUCACCGAGGUAUCGCUAAUUAGCGCGAGACCCGCGCGGCAGCGUGCGUCGUAGCGUGAUCGUAGUAGCGGAACACCGGAUAUCCGUCUUCGCGUCCGAGUAUCUCUCUCUCAGUUUCUCUCAAUUUCCCUCCUUUUCCAACCCUUUCUCCCCGUUUCUCUCUCCGGUAACACAUACGCACACGUGCACAUGGCACAAAGGGCUAUGACAAACCGCGUGUGUCUCCACAUCGGUAAUCAUUCGCAAAGCGGAGAGGGCCGGUAACGCGGAGUGUCGUCAGUGCAAAGUGCCGGACCGCGAUGUACGUCGUCAAGAUUGUCUACUGCCAGGUGACGAUGGAGUUCGUCGACCGUGAUGUUGGGACAUCAAGAGAGGGCAGUCGCUACGACUCCCACUCGGCACAGUCGACGCAGGAUCGUAGGAAGCUGCUGAAGCGAACGAGGAGUCUCGCAGUGAUAUCGGAAGACGAUUCUCGGCAGGAUCGAGAAGCGGCGCACUUUCGGCUAGGUCAGUCGACCUUCGAUUUGCCCAGGAGGCACCAAUUGAUACCGAGGGCCAAGCUGAUCGAUCGGAAUUCUCUCAAGGAUAGGCUCUACAAGAGUCAACAGCAUCUUUCGGACUCUUACGACAGAUUCAACGAGAUAAAAUCUUAUCAUUCACGGUCGUCGUGCGGUCUCCACUCGAUUCCAUCGGGUCUAGCGUCUCUUCCAGAUCCGUUGCCUUACACUCGAAGAAAUCGCGCCGAUCCUGAUCGACUGAAUAUUCUCAACUGGCCAGAUCCUCCGAGGCGAUACCGCAGCGUGCAAAAUUUGGACACCGUAAGCGGAUUGGUCGACAUCGUCGAAGAUAAUUGGCCCAUUGAAGGCAAUCGGAGCAUCGACUGCAUUUAUACGCAGGUGAAGCGCAAGCGUAAGGAGCACAGGAGUUUAGACAGCAUCCUCUUCGAAGACGACGCGGAAUUGGAAUAUUUCGAUGUACUGAAUUUACUGCCACUCUCCAACAUACGGCUGAAAUACAACGAGACCGAUACGAGAGACGGUAAUUUUGCGCGUAAGAAGGUACACGGUUUGCGAGAUUUACGAGUACUCGAGUACAACGAGCCGAGUGGCGCGAGUGAGGUUUCGCCGACGAGAAGCAGCAACGCUACGGACGAGGAGAAAUGUAAGGAGCAUACGACGAACGAGGAUAAUCCCGCUUCUCAAGCCGACGACGAGCCUGGGAAAGAAGUUCACGAGGAUCUCGAUUCAUCCAAGGGGACGGACUCGAGUAGGCGAAAGCAUCGAGAAACCGACGAGAAUUUCGGGGUAGAUUCGGAUAUUAUCACGGCGAAUAAGUUUACGGAACAGCACGCCCCUUCUUCGUCCAAGUCCGACCAGAGGGGAGUCGAUGUCGAAAAUUUUGUAACCUCCUGCGAAGAGGUAGACUACAAGAUCGAGGAAGUGGACGGCUACAAGUCGAUCUGGAUCACGGAUAACCAGGACCGGAGCGAGAUGUCGCGAAGACCGCAGAUUCUCAAAGUCGUCGACAAUGACGUUACCAGAAGACGCCAUCGGCGCUCUAUCGUGGAGAUCGACGCUAUCGUCAAGGACGUGCCAAAAGAUAAGAGAUCGCAGGACAUUUCGGAGGAAGCGAACGAGCGCAUCGACGCCUUCGUAAUUAAAUCGAUCAAUAAUGUUGACGGGAAGAACGACGUCCAUGGAAGAAAAGCGAAAGAAGCUGCGACACCGGAAAAUGCAGAAAAUGGGGCGAAGGUAGAGGACACGAGAAACUUCUUCGAGCGGAAAAGUACCGAGAAGGAGGAAGCACGAAAUAAGCAAAACGAGGGUAGAUUCGAGAGGAUCGUAAAGGAGACGUCUAACAUCCUCGGCAAAGCGUGCAACGUCGUAAAGGGCAGCCUGGGUUUCGAGGCGAGGUCGGAGAGUUCCGAUCUCGGCCUUGGUUCCGAGUCCGGUAGCGAUUCUCGCAGAAGAUCGGUGGACGAUGGUAUCGAGGACGACCGGCCGUCGAGAAACGUCGCGAGCUCCAACAAUUCCGCUACGCUGAGGACGGGCGACAGCAAAAAAUCGCACACUAAUCUCACCAGGUCUAGAAGCUGCAUGGACUCGAUAGAGUGUCAAGACGACGGCCAAGAGUUCGAUCACGUGCGCUACAAGAUCGUCAAGUCGCACAUGUUCAGCAAGAACAUGAUGUUCAGCACCGCUCGAGGCGAUGUCACAUACGAGGGACUGAUGCAGUAUUUGAGCGAGUACUCGUUCCAAGAAUUGCUGAUGGACAACAACGUUGUCAUCAUUGAGCCGGUUCGCGCCGAGCCAGUGGAAAGAAAAUCGUCGCCGUUAUCCAGAGCGGAACCCACGUGCAAGAUCGCUGGCACGAUCCAGAAGAAAACGGAGAAUCGCGAGAGAAAGGGCGAACGAUCCGAGAGCACCGCUAAAAGCUCCAGGCAGUCGUCCAUCAGAAAGCACUUUUUUUAUCAACCUAUACGGGUGAACCGUGAGCUGAUUGACGAAGAGCUACCAGAUCCGGAUACCGUGAGAAACGUGAGACGCAUGUUCGAGAACACUCUCGAGAAAAAGAAAAGCAUAUCCGAUGCCGAGUUUUCCAGGGACGACAAAACUAGGAGAAGUGUCAGCAUGAAGGAUCUGACUAGCCUCGACGACAGUCGGUACGACGAAAUGUCCGACAAGACACGCGAAGAAUCCAGAUCCAGAUGUUCCAGCAGAGCGAAAGAUCUCACGAGACUCUUCGAGACCAAGUCUGCGUCAUCGACUAUUUCCGUCGCCAAGGAGGAACUCGGAACCCCGCGAUGUGAGUCGAAAACGAGAAUUCUUGCACAAAGUUUCGAAGCUAGAAGCGGAAACACAUCACCAAGUGGCUCCAAUUGCUCUAAGAACAAGGUCAGUCGUUAUCAUCAUCAUCACCACCAUCACCAUCAUCAUCAAAAUUGGGAUUCCGGCAGUGUAAGUUCCGGCGUGUCCAGCGAUUAUCCUGACACCGAUCCCGGGAGUGGUGCUCAUUGUACAUCGUCCGAUGACGAGGACGUGAAUUGCAAUGAUGACGAUGCAGAUGCGAAUGGCCCGGGGCAUUAUGUAUCCCAAGACGUGUUAAGGAAGAUCCGUGAGUGCGGCACUUCCGUAACUUAUUACGGCGGGAAAGUGGUCAAUAUGCACAACGGGCCGUUGGUAUCGCCGUUGAUCGGCAACGGCUUCAAACGAAUGGACAAAUCGAACGAUUACGUAAAAUUCAAAUUGGUAAAGAGCAACUCCUGCGACAGUAGACUGGAGUUGACUGGCAGACUCGUCGAGGGACAACCAUCGCGUCAUAAUCGUGAUAGAUGUGCCGAUCUUAGACAAUGCACUAUCGCAGAGACACCAAGCAUCGAGAUCACUACGAUCGACAACAGACAAAAGGAUGAGGCUCAGAGGAACGAAGAUAUCGAGCAAAUUGAGCAGGUGAAAAGGGAGCCGCCAGUGGUGAUUGGUCUGGAGCCAAAGAAAGAAGAACCCAAGGAAUCAAGGAAGACCUUUAAAGCCGACUUUAAGCUGGGCGAUCUAGACGACUCGAGAUCCAAUUAUCCGAGUAGAUUCAUACCGAGCGCGUUGACGAGAUGGGAGGUGAACUCGAGCUGGAAGGUCGGCAAUGAUUUCGGUAAGAUGGAGUUCGAAGAGUUCGAGGUACUCGAGGAUAGUCUCAAUGAGAUUGACGAGCGAAACCAAUAUAGGCAAACAUCAUGAACGGGGAGUCUUUUGUGUAUUUAUUUCUUCGAUGUGAUUGAAACGGACGAGAUUAGGAGAUAACGUGAUUAUUAUAUUUCUAAUAAAGUUGUUGUAAAAAUAUUCUUUGACGUUACUGAAAACGAUUUAUCUUACUUUUUUUUUCGUGAAAAAGAAAAUAAUAUUCAAUUCGAGUAAAGAUAAAUUUCAAUUGCAAUCAAAUAAAUGUUGCUAGAAAUAAAACUAGAAUUUGUAAAAGAUGUUCCUAGCAGCAAAUAAUGAAAAUCUCGCGAGAUAUGUUGAUAGUCAAAGUAACUUAUUGAGUACCUUAUUAAGUGCUAUCGAUGAAUUAGUUUAUUAUUUCAGGUGGAUAUGUCCACACGAGUCAUAUUAGAGCAGGUGAUAAAUGUUUAUACAUACUACAAUAUAAUACCUAUUAAAGAUUCAAUGUACUAUUGUAUACAAUGCACAAAGCACGAAUGAUCGAUGUAAUUUGAGUGUACUAAAUGUGUAAUAAAUAAUCAUAUGUAAUAAUGUCAUUUAA